CGGUUCACACUCACACUCAGGCCGGCUGUGCCCAGAGGGAAGGUGAGAGGCGCAGAGCAGCGGUGGGUGCUGGGUGAGCCAGCUCCAAAGCUCGCUCAUCAGGCCUGUGGAGCUGCUGAUCCUGGGCACAGGACCCUGCACCAUCCUGCCCUGCCUUUAACUUGAAGCCUCAAUUUGCAGUGACCCUGGGCUCAUCCUCCCUGGCUCACACGGGAUCGUGCUGGGCUCACAGGCCGGGCCAGUCGGGUGGCCAUGGCAGACGAGAAGACCUUCCGCAUUGGCUUCAUCGUGCUGGGGCUCUUUCUGCUGUCCCUCGGCACCUUCCUAAUGAGCCAUGAUCGGCCCCAGGUCUACGGCACCUUCUAUGCCAUGGGCAGCGUCAUGGUGGUCGGGGGCGUCAUCUGGAGCAUGUGCCAGUGCUAUCCUAAGGUCACCUUUGUGCCCGCUGACUCUGACUUCCAAGGCAUCCUGUCUGCAAAGGCCCUGCUGGAGAAUGGACUAGCUGCAGAGAUGAAGAGCCCCCAGCCCCCCUACACCAGGCUGUGGGAGGAGGCCGCCUAUGACCAGAGCCUGCCUGACUUCAGCCACAUCCAGAUGAAGGCCCUGGGCUACAGCGAGGACUCCCGCAUGCUGCUGGCCUCUGAGCCAGGGCCAAGGCCCAGGGACACUGGAGAAGGUGGCCCUUGUGAUGCUCAGGCCUGGGUGGAGGCGGCCGUGGUCGUCCACAGGGGCGUGGACCAGAGCGAGGGAGAAAGGACCCGGACUCAGAGCAGCCCCAGCCUGACGGGCUAUCACCAGGGCCCUGCACCCUUGGCCUCCUUCCAAGAUGACCUAGACAUGGGCUCGAGUGAAGGCAGCAGCCCUGCCCCAUCUCCACCUGGCAGAGCGGCGCCCUGGCCCCCACAGCAGGAGCCCAGGGCCAGCAGGAGCCCACUGGAUGACUCCCAUGACUUUGCUCUGAUUGAUGACCCCUCCACACCGGAGGGUGCACCCCGAGAGGGGCAGAGGCAGGAGGCAGUCCUGCUUGACAGCCGGCAGCGGUACCCGAGGAGGAAGGAGGAGGAGGAGAAAGCCUCGGACACAGGUGCAGGGGAGCCUGAGGAGGAAGAAGAGGACUUGUACUAUGGGCUGCCCGACAGCCCUGGUGACUCCCUUCCGGACGAGGAAGUAGGCUUCGAGCCCGACGUCCAGGGCUGAGCUGGAACUGCUCCCUACUGCUAAUCUCCUUUGAACUCACCGGGCCUCAGUUUCUGUACAAGGGGAGGACAUGGAGGGUCAGAAGAGGUGGGGGGGCCUGAGGGCAUCUGGGGAGCUAUAAAAGGAUCUCAGGGAGGGGUUGCUGUCUGAACCACCGCUCCAAUGGCUCCUUUUCUCUGACAAACCUUUGAAGGCAAAGUGCAAUGUGCUGAAUAUUUACAGUAGCCAGGUCCUCAAAAGCCUUUUCUGUCCCCCAAAGCUGGCCUCUGACGGGCCCUCCUGGUACUCUCCAUGGCCCAGAUCCCCUGUGGCGGCCUCUGGUGCCCACUCAAUGGAUCGGUCCGUCUCACCAGGGAUGCCUGGCUUUCCCCUGACCCAGCACCUGCUGUGGCUCCUGCAGUUCCUGUGCCAGGAUCUGAGACCUUGUGUAGCUGGCCCUUCUGACCUGCAACCUCAGCCCUGCCGGCGCUCCUUGACCUCUGGCCCCUCUCCUGCAGCCCAGACCCUUACCUGAGCUCUUCUCCUCCAGGACACCCUAGGGUCCCCCGAAGAGGGGACCCUCCCUCCCCUGAACACUUCUCCUGAUGUCACAACUCUUGGAGUGAGGUGGUGCUUGCUCCCUUCUGUCCCUCUGGGCUGAAUGUUCCUGCUGUGGCAUCCUGCCUGCCUCCUGCUCCUGCUCCAGGCGGUGUCCUGGCUUUACCCACCUCAGCACCUCCAGCGGCCCCAGAGCUGUGCCCACUGAAGGGAUGCAGAACUCAAAGCCCCAGGAACCUUCUGCAGACACGGUCUCCACCUCCUACUUUACCACCCUUCGGACUCCUGCCCCCUUACUGUCUGGCAUUCAGACUUCUGCCUGGCCCUCAGACAGUCUCGGGGUCAGGCAACAAGCCCUACACCACACUCCACACCCGUGCCAAACUCCCUGGCGCUGGCUUGGGCAAAUGUCAUCAGGCUGCUGGCUUAAUUCCUUUUGCGUCAGGGUCAUCACUGCGCGUCCGCUGUGGGGUGGAUGCUCAGCUGCGACCUUUGGGGGAGAUCCUGAGGUGGUUCUUGACGUCAGUGCAGUCACACUCCAGCGAGCUGCUUCCCUGUGGAUUAGAGACAGAGCGCAGAGCAGAGGCGGAGGAGGGAGUGGAGAUGUAAGAAAGCAACACCCAGGGGCAGCAGCGACAGAGCCAUCAAGGGCAGUGGAAGAACCUUGGCACCCUGCAGUAACACCUGUCCCCUGCUGAUCUCUGCAGAGCCCUUAGGCCCACCAGGGACAGCAGUGGACACGGAGGAGAGGGCAGGGUGCUACCUCCGGUCUACACACUCAGAGCUCUGCCCUGGGCCACCUGGGAGUGGGAGGCCAUCACCUGGGCAGGGCCCCAGUGGACGUUGGGGUCCUGAGUCAGGGAAGAUGCCCAAGCUGGGGCAGAAGGCCACGGUCCCAGCAUAUGCUCUUCUCUCUGGCCCUCUUACCUGUGCUGGGAAGGGGAUGGUGGCACAUCUGUCUGUGAUGUGAUGUGGAAGCAGUGGCCCUGCUCACACCCGGGUCCUGGACAAGGUGAGGUGUAGCGUGCUCCUCGUUCUGUUGGUCAAGGCAGGGACACCCGUGACCCACAUCAGCAGGGGUACCAACACCCGCGACUCAAAUAAAAACAUUCUUAACACUAA